AAAAGGAGGAUAAGUAGAUUCAUUGGAGUAGUAUUGGAAGUUCUGUUACAUGUUUAUUGUGAGACGGAGGGAUGAAGAAAACUGAUUUCUGAGUCCGCACCGGUGUUUAUCGAUAAUAGUUACAAUUCGUUAUUUAUAUCUUGGAACAAGAUACUAUAGUAUCUGUAUUUGUUAUUAGUUUUGUUCAGAUAAAUUGGCCAAAAUGUUCAAUCAAAGCGCAAUGGGUGCGUCGUCGAGCUUCGGCGCGACACCUACACCUUCAUCAGCUAAUCCAAUGAAAGAUUUUGAAGUUACUUCUCCUCCUGAUGAUUCUGUGUCAUCUCUUGCAUUUAGCCCCGCGACUAUUCCUCAGAAUUUCUUGAUUGCUGGUAGCUGGGACAAUAAUGUCCGAUGUUGGGAAGUGGAACAAACUGGCAAAACAAUUCCAAAGUCGAUGCAGACAAUGCAAGGUCCAGUUUUGGAUGUUUGCUGGAGUGAUGAUGGCACCAAAGUUUUUAUGGCUUCAUGUGAUAAAAUGGUGAAGUGUUGGGAUUUGAACAGUAAUCAAGCAAUUCAAGUAGCUGUGCAUGAUGCACCAGUGAAGACAUGCCAUUGGGUGAAAGGCAAUACCUACUCUUGCCUUAUGACAGGCUCUUGGGACAAAACAUUGAAGUUUUGGGAUACUCGCAGCCCCAACCCAAUGCUGACUAUUAGUCUUCCAGAACGUGAUUUUCCUAUGGCUGUUGUUGGGACUGCUAAUCGUGGUCUCAUUGUUUAUCAAUUGGAAGGAAAACCUCAAGAAUAUAAACGUAUUGAUUCUCCUUUGAAAUACCAGCAUAGAUGUGUUGCUAUCUUUCGUGACAAGAAGAAACAACCUACUGGUUAUGCAUUGGGAAGUGUGGAAGGUCGUGUGGCCAUACAAUAUGUGAACCCAUCGAAUCCCAAAGAUAAUUUCACAUUCAAAUGUCAUCGCUCAAAUGGAUCUACUAACGGUUACCAAGAUAUUUAUGCUGUAAAUGACAUAGCUUUUCAUCCUGUGCAUGGAACUCUUGCUACGGUUGGUUCAGAUGGGAGCUUUAGCUUUUGGGAUAAGGAUGCUCGUACUAAGUUGAAACCAUCUGAAGCCAUGGAACAGUCUAUCACAAGAUGCUGUUUUAAUAGCAAUGGACAAAUAUUUGCUUACGCAGUUAGCUAUGAUUGGUCCAAGGGACAUGAGUUUUAUAACCCAAUGAAGAAGAACUACAUUUUUCUGAGAAGCUGUUAUGACGAGCUAAAACCAAGAAGCUCAUCAUGAAAGGGUCGUAAAAAAUGCAUUUACUAAAAGGUCCAGACUGAUUCCAUUGUAAAUAAUUGCUUUUGUUAAGAAUUGUAUAUAAUUUUGCUUCUAUUUCUUUUAAUGUUAUUUUGUUAGUUCUUUUAAUCUCAUCAGAAUAUUUCUGUAAUAUGUAUUUCUUUUUUACACAAAAUAUUUGAUUUGUGAAAUAAAUUAGUAAUGCCAGAUUUUCCUUGAAUGGCAGUUACAUCAACAGACUUUUUCUUACCAAAUUAAGGGCUGGUUUCACCAAACGCAUUUAAGUACCUCACUAAAAAUCUUAAAAUGAUCAUGAUGAACACAGAACUUGCAAUAUAAUUGCUGUUAGCUGUGCAUCUGUUUCAAUAUGGAAAGUAUGAACAGAAUCGCUUUAUGCUUCAUGCUAAAAUUGAAAUGUUGGUUCUUUUCGUAGUGCAUUAUGCGAUGCUAACCUUCUUUUGAAUAUUCUUUGCAACUGCAGCACUGCCCACUGUCCAGUGCGAGGAGGGAAAGGUUGAUAUUUUAUAACAUCAUAACAUGCCUUUUACAACCUUUUUGGUAAUGGCUCCUUCCAACUGUUGGAUCUCCUGGAGCUUAGUACCAUAAUGUAGUCAACAAAUGAAUGAUUUUAAAAUAACUUCUGCAAUGAAAAAAGGGGUAAAAUUAUAUAGCUUUGCAAAUUUUCAAAUAAUGAAAGUCUAAAGUAUUAAUAUUGUUUCACAUUAAUUUUUAAUAAGUUAAAUAGUAAGCAUGUUAUUUAUGGAAAAUAUGCUCUUAAUUGCAAUGUUAUGAAAGCUAUCAAUAAAAUUUGAUUUGAAAGUGAAAAUUUGAAGAAAAGAUUUUGAUAAAAGCUUCUCAAUGUUUUCCAAAGAAGGUGUGUAUUCAGACAUCAUUAUAUUCAUCAGUACUCACUAGAAUUUUCAUGUAUACCCCAAAUCAGAAGUUGCUCAAGAUUUGUUGCAUUUAAGGGUCUGUGAAAAUGGAUACAAUAUUAAACAAGACCAUGAAGGUUGUCCCAAGAAAGGAAAGCAGAAAACUGAUUACUUCUUAAACAACAUUUCUAGGGGUUAAUUUCCAAUGAGUUUUACUUCCAAUAAUAAUUAAGUUCAAUGUACUAGAUGGUGAAAUUUGCGAACAAUUAAAUGUGCUUCAUUCGGAGGUGAAUGGAUUUAACAUGUAAUGAAAUGUGGUGAAACCAACCCUUAUAGUCAUAGUUUUGUUUCUGGUCAAAGGGUUUGUAUCUAGUGAAUGAUUAUUGUAAAGGUAGAAUUGCUGUUUUUCCAAAGCUUCCUACUAGGCUUAUGAGGAGAGUUGUGUAAUCCAUAGUUUUGAGAAUAUGUUCUAUUCGCUCUGACGUGCUGCAAACUAGUCACCGCUUACAUCUGUUUUGGGUGAUGGCAGAAGCAUUUUAUCUAUAAAACUUAUGACUGAAGUUUCUCAAUCUCACAUAUAUACUAGUUAGUAGCUUGUAUUUUCAAGAAUUACACAAGUUUCUGUGACAUUCUAUGAAUUUGUUUACCGCUUCCCCCCCUACUUUUAAACCAUUGCUCUAAACAUAGAAUCGCUAAUAGGUGCCACUUUUCAAUGUUGAAUGUGCAUCAAAUGCAAGAUGAGAGAGAGGCUGAUUGAAUUUUCAACCUGCUUGUUUGUUUUAAAAUGAAUUUUCUUCAGUGAUAAUUUAAAAAAAUGUUCUUUUUGAAGAUUGUAUCAUAAAUGGAAUUUAAGGAAGGAAAAUAUAACUAAAUAACAUUCUCCAAAUUCAUCUAAUUUUAAAAUUUUGUUCUAUCCCAUCUGUGCCUUCAAGCAUUUGAGGGGUGUGUUCACAAUACACUAAUAAACGUAAAAAUGUAGAAACAGUCCCAGGCAAAAACAUUAUUGUAUAUGAUUAAAUAAUGUGGCAUAAAGAUAGCCUCUUAAUAUUCAACAGUAUUUAAAUUAUAUAUUUGAGCUUUUCUUCCAGCCUUUCUCGCAACUGGCAGUCAUUUGUGGAUCAUGAAUAUGUUUGCCUUCUAGUGGCGUAACACCGUUUGUUACGUUGUUUUUUCCUAAAAAGAUUGGGAAACUGCCAUGACUGCCCAACAUUCUUCCUUUCCGACUAGAAAAGAAUUAUAGAACUUGUUAAAUAUUGACAACCACAAAGUGCUUUUGGUCACUUGUGAAAUACUGUACAUAAUAAUAAACUCUGAUAUACUAUAUUUUCACAAAAAAAUAUUUUAAUCAUUGUUAUAAUAUGACAAGAUAAUUUUUACUCCCAUGACCUUGUAAAAUUAAAAAUGAGCUGUUUCAAGCAGUUUUGAAAGAGCUUUUGAAUAUUCCAACCUUAGAUUUCUGGAGACUGUUGAUAUAAAGGAUGGUAUCCUUUCAAUUUAUGUUGUAAAAUAAAAAUAAGCUUUUAUAACCAAAGUAAAUUAGAAAUUUAAUGUGUUGUCUCUCAUUGUUCAAGUAGAUUUGAAGGGAGGAAUUCAUAACAGGCUUCAUCUAAUUUUUGUUCUGUGCAUGAACUUAUAAAUAUUGUAAAAGUCAUAUUGACUAGUAGUAAACAUUAUGUAUUUUUAUUUAUUAGUUCUAAAGUCCUUUGCUGUUUACGAACUAAAUGGUACCUGUUCAACGAAUGAACCGAGAUCCUUUUCCCAAUUUUCAAUGUGUACUAUUUUUGUGUUUAAUAAAUAUUUGGAUACAUGUUUUA